AAUGAUUGAGGAUUCUUUUUCUUCAUGCCUGCUGGAUGAGUAGAAUACGACACGCAGUUUGUUCGACGAACGGAGAUAUCGUGUAAAAUUGAAAAAUUUACGCAUGUCACGUUCGUUCCUUGCCAAUUUCGUCGAGCGAGGUCACGUAUCUUUGUAUACACAUCUUGUAGGCGGAAGAAAAUUUGACGUUGUUGAGCUUGUUCUUGUGUAAAAUGUGUCGCGAUUUAAUGUUGUUAAUUUAUAGCCCUGUGCGAUAAAUCGUUAGCAAAGUGAAGUUUCAUGAUCUUUGCUGCUGCAAGCACAAGUGAUCUAACCUUUUUUCGUUUUAGUGAAGUGACUCUGUGCGAGUGCACAAGCUCAGCCGCUGAAAAUGAGCUCGCAUCACCAUUUGAAUCCGUCAUCCGGUGAGAUAGAUCACAUUCACUUUGUCUCCGAGGACGUCGGAGCUCUGUAUCGUAGCGAAGAUUAUUCAGACGUCACAUUGGUAGUGGCUGGUCAAAAAUUCAAUACCCACAAACUUAUUCUUGCCGCACGUAGCGAGUACUUUCGGGCUCUGCUGUUUGGUGGUAUGAGGGAAUCUACACAAAACGUAAUAGAACUGCCAAGUGCCACAUUGCCUGCAUUUAAAGGCUUGCUCAAAUAUAUAUAUACUGGUCGUAUGUCUCUCGCCAAUGAACGCGAUGAGGUAAUCCUCGACACUCUUGGAUUAGCACAUUUGUAUGGUUUUUUAGAUCUUGAAGCAGCUAUAUCUGAUUAUCUGAGAGAGAUACUUAGCAUAAAGAACGUAUGUUUAAUUAUUGACACUGCUUUUUUAUAUCAGUUGGAAUUCCUAACUAGGGUUUGUCUUGAAUAUAUGGAUAAACAUGCAUCUGACGUCAUUCAACAUGAGAAUUUCUUACAAUUAAGUCCAGAAGCUUUAAACAAGUUAAUCUCCAGAGAUUCCUUCUACGCACCGGAGAUAGAUAUUUUCUUGGCUGUCGAAUCGUGGGUCAAAGCCAACUCUGAUGCUAACGCAAGCGAAGUUUUAUCUCAACUAAGAUUGAGUUUAAUUUCCAUCACGGAUCUCCUGAAUGUUGUGAGGCCAACCGGAUUAGUUUCCUCGGAAGCGAUUUUAGACGCGAUAUCCGCGCGGACGCAGACGCGCGAUUCGGAACUCGAGUAUCGCGGUCGUUUACUUGUCGACGAGAAUGUUGCCCAUCCGAUGCACGGAGCACAGGUGUUACAGGGAGAAAUGCGUAGUUACCUGUUGAACGGAGAUACCAUCAACUACGAUAUGGAACGUGGUUACACAAGGCAUACCAUAACAGAUUCGCCCGAACAGGGAAUCUUGAUCAAGUUGGGAACGCAGUGUAUUAUAAAUCAUGUGAAAAUGUUGCUCUGGGAUAGAGAUAUGCGAUCUUAUUCGUAUUACAUAGAGGGAUCCAUGGAUCAGAAGGAUUGGGUCAAGCUGAUUGAUCAUUCAGAUUUCUUUUGCCGCAGUUGGCAAUAUUUAUAUUUUGAACCGAGAGUAGUUCUUUAUAUUCGUAUUGUAGGAACAAAUAACACAGUAAAUAGGGUCUUUCACGUUGUCAAUUUUGAAGCGUACUACACAAACCAUACGGAGAAACUUAGCGACGGCUUCGUUGUGCCGACGCAAAAUGUCGCUGUCACGGAAAAAAGUGCAUGCGUUAUAGAAGGCGUCAGCAGAUCGCGUAAUAAUUUAUUGAAUGGCGACACGUCCAAUUAUGAUUGGGACAGUGGUUACACGUGUCAUCAACUCGGCUCCGGGGCUAUUCUGGUGCAAUUGGGACAACCAUACAUGAUCAAUUCUAUGCGAUUAUUGCUCUGGGAUUGCGAUAAUCGCUCGUAUUCGUACUACAUAGAGGUAGCGGGUAAUACCUGGGACUGGUUAGUAGUUGCCGAUAAAACUAGAGAGUCCUGUCAAUCUUGGCAAACGAUACAUAUUAAUCCACCCCGUGCAGUAGUUUACAUACGCAUAGUGGGAACGCACAAUACUGCAAACGAGGUGUUUCAUUGUGUUCAUUUUGAGUGUCCAGCACCAGCGGACGAUAAAUUUCCGAAAUCACCAGCACAACGAACAGCACCGUCGAUAUCACCAAGCAGUAAUAAUCCUUUGCCUCCCCCACCUCCUCCAGAAGUGGCUACGGAAGCGGUCAAUUUCGACGACGACGUUCAAACCAACUAAAGUAGGCGGGUGAGCGCACGAUAAAAACACAAGAGUGACGACGGCAGUCACUCUCAUUUUUCUAAGCUAGGCGAAUCUGAAUGAACUCUUUGAGUGACCUCAAUGCAACUUCUAAGACUGUUCAAUAAUGACCGUUAAGUGUAAGAUCAAGAUUAGUCAUUCUGUUGUCUCGUUAACGAAUUUCUUCUUUUUAUUAUUGCGCCUUGAUGACUCUAGGUGUAUACGGCGGCUGCCAAUUAUGUAAUCACAGGAGCGUAGAAAUUUCAUGUCAUCUUGCACAAAUGCUGGUCGGCGGUUUUACAAAGUUACAAUAGAUUAUUUAUUUUGGAGAUAAUUUUUUUUUGUAUUUUUUUUUUCCUUUUUGUUUUAUUACAUCGUGUCUUUCACUGGGAAAUUUGAUAAAAAACGUCUAUACUAUUAGUAUUUAAAAACGUCUAUAUUAAGUAUAAUUACUUUCCGUUGUUUUAAUAUUACCAGCUUCCUUUGACAAUUAUCGUUUCAACUAUACACAUUACUGCGAAAAUCGUAAUAUAUUCUUGUUCCUGUCAUUGGUUAUUGUUCAUAUAGAUAAUUCUCAUUACGUCUCAUGUCUGUACUUGGAAUAUUUGGUACUCGUGUAUCUACCAAUUGUUACGUAACACCGGAGAGUAGUAAAACUUUCAAAUUAACAUAUCGAGUGUGCAAAAGUCAAAAGAUUAUCUUGCCUACUGAAUACGUAAUAAAAGUUGAAUAUGCAAUAUAUACGUACGAUAACAGUAUUUAUAGAGCGAUUUCGAAGUAUAAUAUUUUGGUAUGUUAAAAUCGCAUUUUACUUGGGUUAACUUGGUGAAUUUGAGGAAAUUCUCCAACUUGAAAAUAUUCGAAUAGAUCUGUAUGAGGAGUGGAAUGAAUGUGAUUAAAACUUGGCAACUGCCAUAGAUCAUCUCGUACACGGAGAUCUUUUUUCUACUCUACGUUACCAAAUAUUUUGUAAGUACGCGCGAUUACUUAAAAUAUAAAAAAUAAGCAUAAUACUCUAUUAGCAUAAUAUGGUGUAUGGUUCUUCAGUAUUUUCUUUCUUCUUUUGUAAAGACUUUUAUCGUGAUUUUGACCUUUUGUACAUACAAUGUAAAUUAUUUUUCUAGUCGCAUAUGUCGUCCGUUGGAAAUAUAAUAUAUCCUGAGAAAAUUUAACUGUAUAAAAAGUUUAAUUGUGCUGCGAUCAA